AAUAUUUCAUGUUGGGCAGUUGGUAUUUGAAAACAAUAUGUCAGCUUCCAUGAAACACGCAUCUGAAGGUUGAAAGGUUUAUUUUUGGUCGCAGAGAAGUUUCUGUCAUGUUGGGUUUAACGCUGCGAGAAGUGUGUGUAGCUCUCAGAGAAGGUCACAUCAGUCCUAAAGAACUCUGCCAUCAAUGCUUAAAUUUAAUUAAGAAAACCAAGUUUAUAAAUGCCUAUAUAACUGUCACAGAAGAAGUUGCAUUGAAACAAGCAGAAAAGGCAGAGAAGAGGCUUCUAAAAGGUGAACCACUGGGGCCUCUGGAUGGAAUUCCAGUUGCUGUAAAAGACAAUUUUUCAACUGCAAACAUUGAAACAACAUGUGCAUCUCAAAUUUUAAAAGGAUAUAUCCCACCAUUCAAUGCAACAGUAGUUAAUAAAUUGCUGAAUCAAGGAGCAGUGCUAAUGGGUAAAACAAAUAUGGAUGAAUUUGCCAUGGGGUCAGGCAGCACUGAUGGAAUUUUUGGUCCUGUAAGAAAUCCUUGGGGAUACUCUAGACAGUACAAGGAAAAGCUAAUUGCAACAGGUCAAUGCACAGAAGAACCUGAUUGGGUAAUAACAGGUGGCAGCUCUGGGGGCAGUGCAGCAGCAGUUGCUGCUUUAACAUGUUUUGCUGCUCUUGGCUCUGAUACGGGAGGUUCAACAAGAAACCCUGCUGCACAUUGUGGAGUUGUAGGCCUGAAGCCCACUUAUGGACUAGUUUCUCGACAUGGGCUUAUCCCUCUUGUGAAUUCAAUGGAUGUGCCCGGAAUUCUUACCCGAAGUGUCGAUGAUGCUGCUACUGUACUUGGUGUACUUUAUGGUCACGAUCCUAAGGACUCCACGACAGCAGAGCAUUCCUUUGAAUCUUUCAGCUUGCCAGAUGAAGUCAAUGUCAAAAAUAUAUCUAUUGGCAUUCCUAAGGAAUACCAUGCUCCCGGCUUGUCAGCAGAAGUGCUGUCCCAGUGGAUGAAAGCUGCAGACACCUUUGAAAGGGCAGGAGCCCGAGUUGUUGAAGUCUCACUUCCUCACACUCAGCAUUCCAUUGUGUGUUACCAUGUACUCUGUACUGCAGAAGUGGCUUCUAAUAUGGCCAGGUUUGAUGGAUUAGAAUAUGGGCACCGUAGUACAGUUGACAGCUCAACUGAAACUAUGUAUGCUUCAACCAGGCAUGAAGGAUUCAAUGAUGUUGUAAGAGGAAGAAUUCUUUCUGGAAACUUUUUUCUUUUAAAACAGAACUAUGACAGAUAUUUUGUCAAAGCCCAGAAGGUGAGACGCCUCAUUGCUGAAGAUUUUAUAAAAGUCUUUAGUUCUGGAGUGGAUGUGCUGCUGACCCCAACAACACUUAGUGAUGCAGCCUGUUACAAAGACUUCAUUAAAGAAGACAACAGAACACGUAGUGCCCAGGAAGAUAUUUUCACUCAAUCUGCCAACAUGGCAGGUCUCCCAGCUGUUAGUAUUCCUGUUGCAUUGUCGGCAAGAAAUCUUCCUGUAAGCCUUCAGUUAAUUGGACAAAGAUUCAGAGAAGAGGACCUUUUAACUAUAGCCAAAUGGUUUGAGCAGCAAGUUAAUUUUGAGGCUAUUGAUCUUCAGAUAUCAGAUAACAUCGGAACACUGCCAAAAAAGAAAACGGCUUCCACAGCCUGAUGUCUUUAGCUUAAUGUAUUGUUUGAAAUUACUGUAGGAACGAUAUUCUGUUGGAACUGUCAUGUACAUUUCUAAAUUUGAUUUUUAAAAAUAUAUCUUACAAUUAGUAUGUGUAUGUAAUAACACUUUUUUAUUUAAAAUAGUACAAAAACAACACACACACAACUAUUUCCAUGGUUAUAAAAACAAAAAAGUAUUUUUUUGUUACUUAGCACAUGUCUGCGGUGAAUACCAAGGUGCUUUGGAAUUUAGGCAUGGUGCAGUUUUUCUCGUGUAUAUUUGUAUCUGGCUUAAGCAACACCUUGGAUCACACACUGAGUGAGAGACAGGGAUUAACACCUUUUGGUAUUCAUUUCAGUUUAUUAGGUCUUAAGGUACAUUAUUCAGAUAAUUAUAAGCUGCAUGCAGAACUUCUCGAGUGAAGCUGUGUCUUUCACCUAAACAUUUUCUUAUUUUAAUACCAUAUAACAUCACUACAAGCCUUUGAUUGCACUUAACAAAAUCUAUUCUGAUAUAUUAGUUUCACCCACCAUAGACUCAAACUUGUUUCCAUGUUUCUCCGCCCAGGUCCAUAGUGAUAUAAUGAGGAGCAUGGUAUCAACAUGUGCACUAACCUAGUUAAGUAGAUAUCUGUGCCCACCUACUACAUUACCUGUGAUGCAUUUGCAGUCUUCUGGAUAUAAUCUGCUCACAAAAUAACAGUUUGCAAAAUAAGCUGUUUUAAAAUAUUGAAACCCAGAAUUGGUCUCCCCCCUUUUAUUUUGCUAUGUAGUUACCCCCAUAUUUUUGUAUCAAACCCUAAUAAUCCACACUUGUAGCCUUGACACAGAUUGUACACAUGCAUGCCACAAAAUGUUGAGUGAAACAAUAUCUUCUGCAUUUGAAGCAGUUGCCACCAAUGUGCAUGUUUUGUACACAUUUUACAGUGAUUAAGCUCCAGAAUACAAUCCACAAGUGGAGGUUAAAAUUUUUAUUUCUGUGAAGUACAGGAGAACAAUGCAAAUCAAGUACUGUAAUAGAAUGUUUGCAUUCUUUCCUUCUGGUGUAUAUCAGUUUUAAAGUUACACAAUACUGGGGAAUUAUAAAAUGUAAUGUAGACUUGUUUGUCAAUUUCCCUACAUGUCCUCCCAAGCAGUGAUGGGUGGUUAAUUUGGUCCCAGUAUGAAAAAAUUGGAAUGUGUGCACAAAUGUGCCCAGCAAUGAAGUGUUGCCAGGAUGGGCACUGUGCCUUUUGACCCUGAACUAAAUAAGCUUUCUUAGUUUUGCACACUCACUUAUACUAAUUAAGUUUAGAGCUGCAUGUUAACAUGCUAGUCUUUGGGGGAUAUACAAUAUAAUUUAUUUUUGUAUAGCCCAAAAUCAGACAAGAAGUGGCGCAAUGGGCUUUAACAGGCCCUGCCUCUUGACAGCCCCCCAGCCUUGACCCUGUAUGAAGACCAGAAAAAAACUUCCUAAAAAAAAAAAAACCUUGUAGGGAAAAAAUGGAAGAAACUUUGGGAAAGGCAGUUCAAAGAGAGAC